AUGUCUUCGUUACGAUUGACCAUCGAGGACGGCCAGUUCCGCGACGGCUACGGCAGGCAAGUUGUGCUUCGAGGCCUCAACGUCGCCGCCGACGCCAAGCUCCCCAGCGAACCCGACCAGCCUUCCCACAUUGGCGACGACUUCUUCGAUGGCGACAAUGUCAAGUUCCACAACCGCCCGUUUCCCAAGGAGGAGGCUCACGUUCACUUCUCGAGGAUAAAGCGUUACGGCUACAACACCAUCCGCUAUGUCUUUACGUGGGAGGCUAUCGAGGCCGCGGGCCCAGGGCGCUACGACGAGGAAUGGAUCCAGCACACGAUUGAGAUUCUGAGGAUAGCCAAGGACUACGGUUUCUACAUCUUUAUGGACCCCCAUCAGGACGUGUGGUCUAGGUUCUGCGGCGGCUCUGGCGCGCCCAUGUGGACGAUCUACGCUUGCGGUCUCAACCCCCAGAGUUUCUCUGCGACUGAGGCGGCCAUUGUGCAUAACACGUAUCCGAAACCCGAGGAGUUCCCCAAGAUGAUCUGGUCGACCAACUACUUCCGCCUUGCAGCGGCUACCAUCUUCACAAUGUACUUUGCCGGUAGGGACUUUGCGCCCAAGUGUAUCAUCAACGGCAUCAACAUCCAAGAUUUCCUACAGGGUCACUUCGUGGCGGCGUGCGCCCAUCUAGCAAAGCGCAUACACGAGGCCGGCGACCUCGAGAAUGAGGUUGUCAUUGGCUGGGAGAGCAUGAACGAGCCGGGCUGCGGGUUGGUUGGAUACCAGGACAUCAGUGUCAUCCCGAAGGCGCAAAACCUGAAGAAAGGCUCAUGUCCCACCAUCUGGCAGACUCUCUUGACUGGGUCUGGUCGUGCGUGCGAGGUGGACACGUGGGAUAUGGGCGGUAUGGGCCCGUACAAGGUCGGCCGCUCACUGGUGGAUCCUCAUGGCGAGAUGGCUUGGCUGCCCGCCGACUACGACGACUCGAGAUACGGCUGGAAGCGUGACGAGGGAUGGAAGCUCGGAGAGUGUAUCUGGGCCCAGCACGGCAUUUGGGACCCCAAGACCGAUACGCUGGUCAAGAAGGACUACUUCUCUAAGAACCCCCACACGGGAAAGACGAUUGACCACCCAGAGUUUACUAAUACUUAUUUCAUGCACUCAUACCGUCUCUACAGAGACGCUAUCCGCCCGAUCCACAAGAACUGCAUCAUGCUGAUGCAGUACCCAACACUGGAGCUGCCGCCUCAGAUUAAGGGCACUGAGGAUGAUGACCCACUGAUGGCGUUCUCACCUCAUUGGUACGACGGCAUCACGUUGAUGACAAAGCGCUGGAAUAGGGUGUGGAACGUGGAUGUUGUCGGCGUGCUGCGUGGACGAUACUGGCACGAGGCUCUGUCGGUCAAGGUCGGCGAGACGGCCAUCCGCAAUUGCUUCAAAGACCAGUUGGCGUCAUUGAGGCAAGAAGGUCUGGAUCGCAUGGGAAACCAUCCCUGCGUAAUGACGGAGUUUGGUAUCCCAUAUGACAUGGGUGAGAAGAAGGCGUAUAAGACGGGCGAUUACGCGGAUCAGUCAGCAGCCCUGGACGCCAACUACUAUGGGGUUGAAGGUUCGGGUAUGGAGGGCCAUUGCCUCUGGGUUUACGUUGCAAAGUACGGUGAUCUUUGGAACGGCGAGGAUCUGUCAGUCUUCUCACUGGACGACAAGACGUUACCCAUGUCACCCCUCCCCCGCAGCCCAUCACCCAACCAGUCUUCGGACCUGAAGCGCAACUCCAUGAGCAGAGACGUUCCCGACGAAUCAACCGUCACGCCGGAAAACCUCCAGAACACCAUCACAAACCCGUCGAUAACGUCGGCACCGUCCAAAGACCCGGAGCUGACCAACGCCCCCGGCCUCCGCGCUGCCGAGGCCUUCGUCCGGCCGUCUCCGUGGGUUGUGGCGGGCGACGUAUUGCAGUACGGCUUCGAUCUGCGCAGCUGCACUUUCACGCUCAAGCUCAAGGCUUCGGCGCCUCCCUCGGAAGCGGCGCCGACCGUGGUGUUCCUGCCCGAGUUCCAUUACCCGCAGGACAACUGCACGGUCGAGGUGAGCUCCGGCAAGUGGGCCAUCAGCAUGGACGACGAGGAGGGCCCACUGGUGCAGAAGCUCAAGUGGUGGCACGCCGACGGAGUCCAGACGCUCAAGGUUAUGGGGUUGGCGAGGCAGCAUAAUAUCGUUGAGGGGUCCGAGGAGGAUAUGGGGUACUUGGAGCAGUGCCAGAAGAACUACGCCAACUGCAGCGUCAUGUGA